AGUGCCGCUUGAAUAGUACCUAUACAAUCUAUUGUUGCACCAUAAACUAGCUCUCACUCACCACGAACAUUACCCCCUUUUCAUCACCACCACGACGCAAUCUGUCUAUUCAACGACGAUUGCACUGCUCAAUGACAUAAUCUUGGUAUACUCCAAACGCAUGAUUUACUUUCAUUAUCAUCAUCUCUCAGAAGCACGACUCAAAUGAUACCCCCACUCAUACCCCUCCCCGAGGGAAGUAACAGGAACCAAAACGCCGAGAAAGACGACUUAUUCUCUACCCUCUUCUCCCCUUCAACACCACAUGCUUCACCAAUCUUAGGCCCCACAGGGGCCGCCUCAAGCAGCGAUGCACGCAUACCAGCAGUCAGGCACGCGAGGACAGUAUCUUCAGACUCGGAAUUUGGUGCAUUCGUGUCGGUUCCCUCAGCAGAAGAUCCCCUCGCAUCCUCGGUAAGGGAAGGAAACGACUUGAAAGAUGUCUCGUUCAGUCCCUUGCAGAAUACCAGAUUCUUCGAUCGGUUCGCAGAGGAAGCGAAGGUUAACGCUGACAAGAACAAGAAGGGCAUUUUGGAGGAGCUUUUACAGCACCAGGACGAUCCCUUGUAUUUCCUUAAGCCCGAUGAUGACCUUGUUUCUGAACCUUCGCCUCAUUCGGUGCAACAGAACACAUCGUCGUCUUCUGUAGCGUCGCUACUUGACCUAGACCCUGACGAGCCAAUUCCGGAUCCCCCAAACACAGAACUUGAGACUGAACUCCACGAGGCAACUUCCAGCCAUGAUACCGCCUCGCGCUUCUCAAGACAUCCUGAUCGACACCGGAAUCAGACAGAACCAUCAGGUUCGACGAUUCAUCCCCUCACUCGAACGCCUUCGUUACCGCCUUCGCCAACCCGAAUAUCUCGUCCAGAGAUUCAGCGGACACAGUCCAUAUUCACUCCAUCAUCCCUCACAAGUUCUGCUAGCUCUAUCUCCCCGGCGCGUUGGAUGUCCUCUCUCCUCUCGCGGCCUGCCGCGAAGUUCGAAGGCGGGACUGUACCGCCUUCACGUUCAUUCACACCUCCCCUAGCGGACUUCCACCAUCGAGCUCAGACGAUGGCUGCGAGUGUGCCCUCGCCAGGAAUUACUCACGGAACUCCAUUUGCGUCGCAGCCCUAUAUUCCACCGUCGGGGGCCCCUGGGUUUGCGGGAGAUCGAACGUGGAAUACUGGGAAGUUUGAAUUUGACAAGGAGAACGUGGAGAAGAGGAGUGUGAAGCUAGUAGGGAGAAAAGAGAUGACGACUCCUGUGCUUACCGUGCAAGUGGCCGAUAUGCUUCGUCCAUACUUCCCCGCAUUAGCUCGCUUACCGCACUCGUGGACGCUGCUCUAUAGUUUGGAUCAACAUGGGAUCUCUCUGCAUACCCUCUAUAGUCGGUGCGACGGAUUCCUAGGGAGCACUCUGGUCAUUAUGAAAGAUUCGAAUGACACAAUGUUUGGCGCGUGGUUGGGUGAGGGGGUUCACCCAUCGAAAGGAUCUUACUACGGUAGCGGCGAGUCAUUUCUGUGGAAAAUGGGGCCCGACAACAGAGUACGAGUCUUCAAAUGGACAGGCAAAAACGAUUAUAUCGCACUUUGCGAACCGGACUACAUCUCAUUUGGUGGCGGGGACGGACGUUAUGGCUUAUACCUUGACGAGACAUUAUUGGAUGGAUCCUCAGCACCAUGUCCCACAUUCGACAAUGAUCCGUUAUGCUCAUCCGGCCCACGUCAGGGCGUUGGCUACCGUUUCGAAUGCGUCGGGUUGGAAGUGUGGGGUAUAGGCUCGUGAUGAUAUCCUUGUUGUAACCAUUCACAAUUCAGACGGUAUAUCGAUUACAUCUUCGACGGUUUCAAUCUCUGCCAUUGUAUCAAGUAUUUUGGACAUGUUUUUCUAACUUAUUGGCACAAGCUGUAUAGAUACACACAUUUCAUUCGGAUCUCCACUUCUCAUUAUCAACGAAUUCUCAACGCUG